AUGGUGGAGGACAAGGGAGCAGCAGAGCAAGGCGUCUCUUGGCGGCGGGGCUGCUCUUCCUCGACGCGUCGCUCCGCGCUGCCGUCCCAGUCCACCUCCGCCCAUCCCCGCGCCGUCGGCGACGAAGGGCUGGUCGGCGCGGCCGUGCUGGGCCCCUGGCCUCCUCCGACGCGCACCUCCCUCCGUUCGCGCUGCGGCAUCCGCCCCACCCGCUCCCUUCCCCUCGAGCUACGGAUCUACGGUGUCCUUGGUUGCCCGGCAGCGGAUGCCCCUGCAGCUCGCCCGGCCGGGAGUGCGCCCGGCGUGCCAUCCCCUCGCGUGCUUCCCAGCCUGCAGGUGCGGCUUUGGCCCUGGAAUUCAUGGACAUGCACUUCCCUCCCCUGUCCAUGGUUGUCCAGCGCGGUUCCAGAUCUGGCCCCCCGCGUGAGCUGCGUUCCUUCCAGCUCCUCCGGCUUGUCAGCAUCUUGGUGGCUUCUCAACCCACCCUGUAGAUGUCCUUGUUGGCCGGUGUCCAUCCCGGCGCGGCUCCGGCUUCGGCGUGUUCUUGGAGCCGCGUCUCCUUCCGGCUCCUUUGGCACAUUUGCGCCCCUGUGGCUCCGGUCCCGGCCACCUUCGCUUCCCCUGUGUCAUCCACCCGGUCGCCCAACCUUGCCCACCUCCAUGCCCCCCCACCUCCGCCUGAUCCGUAGCUCUCAUGUCUGGCGAUGUCUGGUGCCUCCUUCGGCAGCGGACGUAGCUCCCCUUCCUACGGUGACAGUUUCAACUGACGACUUGGCUUCCUCUUCUCGGAGUCUUGCUCCGACGGCUUGGGAUUGCUCAGAAUCUCGCCAAGGCGAAAUCCUUGCUCGAUCUUUCGAUGCUGACAGCGGCGACACCUGCGGGUGCCGUCACCUUCUUGGAGGCGCUUCCAUGGCCGUCAUUUGUGUCCCUCUUCGAGCAGCAGGGGAAACCCUAGGUCUGGUUAUCCAGAUCGGGCGGCGAUGGUGUCUUGGCGUCGUUCUCCUUCAUGAAGGCGCUGUUUUGUUUGUUUGCGGCGUCCUCGGCAGUGGAUUUAGAGAUGUUGGUUGUCAUGUUGUCACAUCCCUAGCUUCUGUCGUGGUCCUGUCGUGGGCAGAGAGGAGAGGUCUUAGUCGGGCCAUCCAGCUUGUCAAGACAAUAUAUUGGCCACAGAAAUCGGCAUUCGCUUGGUUCACGUUUGUCCCUAUGGGGCCGGACUUUUUUGUCCCUAUGGCCGGGGCGUUCGUGUUUCGAUGUGCAGACUGGCCUGUGCUUUAG